GGGGCGGGCCCCGAGCCGCGGCGGGAAAAGCGGCGGCCGUGGCGCGUCUUCCGAGCGGCCCCGGGCUGUGAGGGGCUCCCCGUCGGCGUGCGGCGUCGCCAUGGACGCGGCCGAGGUGGAGUUCCUGGCCGAGAAGGAGCUGGUUACCAUCAUCCCGAACUUCAGUCUCGAUAAGAUCUACCUUAUCGGGGGGGACCUGGGCCCGUUCGACCCCGGCCUCCCCGUGGACGUGCCGCUGUGGCUGGCCGUCAGCCUGAAGCAGAGGCAGAAGUGUCGCCUGCUGCCGCCGCCCUGGAUGGACGUCGAGAAGUUGGAGAAGAUGAGGGAUCACGAACGAAAGGAGGAAACUUUCACUCCAGCGCCCAGCCCCUACUACAUGGAACUCACCAAGCUCCUGCUAACUCACGCGUCAGACAACAUCCCCAAAGCAGAUGCGAUCCGGACCCUGAUCAAAGAUCUGUGGGACACGCGCAUGGCCAAGCUGCGGGUGUCCGCCGACAGCUUUGUGCGGCAGCAGGAGGCACACGCCAAGCUGGAUAACUUGACCUUGAUGGAGAUCAACACCAGCGGGGCCUUCCUCACAGAGGCGCUCCGCCACAUGUACAAGCUGCGCACCAACCUCCAGCCUUCCGAGAGCGCCGCGUCGCAGGACUUCUAGAGGAGAGCCGGUGCUUGUGGAGCCACAGGGCCUCCCCCUGCUGCCAGGAGGCUUGCUGGGCGCUGUGAGUGCGUGCUGCGGACGUGACAGAGGGACUCACGGUUCUAGAGUUCAGGUCAGGACACAUUUUUGAACACGUGAAAAAGGUAUGAUGAUUCCAGGAGUGAAUUUAACAAACAGGUGAGAGAGCAACGAGCUUGUGAUUGAUCAGUCUGCGAACAGGGCUCCCCUGGACUCAGUCACCAUCCCGUUCUGGGAGCCAGCUCUUCUCCUGUGGGGUAAGGAAGAAGCUUUAGGCAAGCGAGUUGUUCCUCCUAGCAGACGUGGGCCUCCGCUGUGAGAAUGCCAUGCUCAGCUGUGUGCCUGGCGACCGGUGGAUGCACAGGGACGGUGAUGUGGCCGGGGGCAUUUGCAUUUCUCGAUCUUGGUUUCUUGGCUAAAGUUAGAACCUCUUGUAGACACGGCUCACACAGAACAGUGGCCGAUGAAGGCUGGUAAUGCUGACCGUGUUCGCCGUCCAGGUCUCAAUCCACAAUAAAGAUGUGCUCAGCUUGA